AGAAAAAUGUCAUCAUCCACUAGCAAUGGAUUUAACCAAGAAUAGAAAGGGACUACUUUUCUCCGCACCAUAUUCUUUAUCAGACAACUCUUAGGAAUGCUGACUAGCACUCUAUAAAUAGAGGCCUUUACUUCAAUAGUUUGAUAUACAUGCAAAGAACCAUUUGUCUUUCAAACAGAGAAAACAAAAGACCUACAUAUUGAAUCACUAGUCUUGCUAAAACCUCUCCUUCUCAUCGUACCAUAGCUGUGGUAACUGCAUCAUGGAUACAGUAAACCGUUUAGUGGAAGACAAACCAGUGGUCAUCUUCAGCAAGAGCUCAUGCUGCAUGAGUCAUUCCAUAAAACAACUGAUAAGCAGCUACGGAGCAAACCCAACAGUAUAUGAGCUGGAUGAACUUCCAAAUGGAAGGGAAAUAGAUCGAGCAUUACAAAAGCUAGGGUGUAAGCCAGGAGUACCAGCUGUGUUCAUAGGCCAAAAGCUCAUAGGUGGGGCUAAUGACGUCAUAAGCCUCCAAGUCCAAGGCAAACUCGUACCCAUGUUGAUGGAUGCUGGUGCCAUAUGGAUUUGGAACAGAACCAAUUAAUUAUUCAAGCAAUUGAUAAGGAUUAAGAGAGGAUAAGUAAUUUUUGAUUUCCUUUCUUAAACCUGUUUUUUGACUUUUUUUAAAUCUCAACUAGCAUAUAGAUUUAAAAAAAAGGAUAAGGAAAAGGAAAGCGAGUACUAGCAAGAAUUAGCAUAAUGAGCUAAGGUGACCAUUGAACCACCGACAACAGCUUAUUCAUAGACAUUUAUAAUGAAGUUUAAUUGAUUUUGUCCUGUUUGAAAAGGCAAAUGCUGAAUUGCUGAAAUACUGUGCUUAAUUUUACU